GGCUCCACAAAGCUCUCCAUCACCCUCGCGUAGCCGCUGUGUGGCUCCUGUGCCACGGUACCCAUGCUGUUAUUUGGCUGAUGUCAUAAAAGGCAUGAUGUCACACGUGUGUGCAGUACAUAGCAGGACUCUGGGCAGUGUGCUCAGCCCCCAGGACCUCUGGGGAGCUUGGCCAGCGCAAGGGGAGAGCCAGCUUGGGCUGAGAGGGAGCCUUGUGGGGGUGGGCAGUGCAGAGCCCAGGCUGUGUGUGCCCCCAGAGAGCCCCUGCUGCUUUGUGGGUGCCUGGCUGGCACCACAGGAGAUGUCUCUGCAGGCAGCACGACAGGUCUGGGCAGGGGGUCGGCAGCACGUCUUGCCCAGCAGCGCGGAAGGGACUUGCCUGCUGUCCCCUUGCCAUUCCCUUGGUAAAUCCUCUCUCUCUCUCUUUCUUUCCACAACCUGCUUCCCAAGUCACUCGGUGUCAGGUAAGAGAUGCUCUCAGUGUGAUGGCAGUGCCAGUGUGGAGCCUUGGGCUUGCUGCUACCCCAACUCACCCUAUGCUAUCCCCAGUGCAUGCACUGCCCUGUGCAGCCCUGGCAUGGCCUGGCUGCCCACAGCCUCUGCGGGGCCGCAGGAGCAGCCUCCCCAGCCCCCAGAUUGUGUUCCCAUGCUGCUGGGUUGGGAACUGGCAGGCAGCUCUGGGACAUGCCAUCCCUGCCAGGGUCCCCCCUCCAGCCUGGCUCACACCCCCUCUCUGUUCUCUUUCCCACUCGUGGACCAGAGCAUGUUUGAGAACGCCAGCGCCAGCACGGCACCUACCCCCCGGCCACAGCACAUCCCUGCCACGGCGGGCACCCCGUUGCAGCCCUCCCGCCCCGCCAGCAGCCAGCACCUCCGCAACCUGGGCAAGGCCAUGGGGGCCAAGGUGAAUGACCUCCUGCGCCGCAAGGAGCCAGCCGGCCUCCCUGUCGUGGGAGUGAUGGAGGUGAACGCCAGCGCUGGGGCCAUGCUGGACACGGGACAGCCGGCUAGUGAGGAUGGGGCUGUGGGGCUGGAUGCCUUUCCCCGGCUGGAACCCCCGCCCCCUGUCACCAAGAAGCGGAUGCCGCGUGCCCUGAAGACCCCACAGGACAUGCUCAUCGCACCACAGCCGGCAGGGACCAGCCCAAGGAGCAGCACGGAAGAGCCCCCUGAACCGCCCACAGCCCACCCUGACCCUGCAGAGGAGCAGUUGGGGAUGAGGGACCCGUCCCCUCCAGAAUGCCCUGGGGUUGCCAGCAUGAUGGGCACCCCAGAGUCCAGCGGGGACCAGCCCACCGGUGCCCUCCCCGUGCCCGACCUCAUCCAUAAGGGCAGCCUGGAUAGCCAGAGGCGAGUGGGCGAGAGGGCUGCUGAGACCUCACCCUGCACAGAGAAGCCCUCGCGGAGACAGGGGCUGCUGGAGCAUGAGCCACCGGGGAGCACGGGGCAGACGGAGCCACAUACCCCCAGCUGGGAGGUGGAAGGGCCCCAUCCCGACCUACUGUCCUUCGAGUAGCGGCGGGGGAGCUGUGACAAGGGCACCGUGGGGGCUGGCUCUCCCAAACAUGUCUCUCGCUGCUACUUGCUGGUUUUGGGGUCAUUAUUUUGGAGAGUGGGGGGAGCGCUGGGGUGGCAGGAGCCAUUGCUGCCCCAGCGUGGGGUGUGGGGAACCAUGACACCCCACUUCUCCCCAAACACCCAUGGGGGCACGGCCCAUCCUGCUAUGGUUUCUGCAGCCCCAUCCCAGUCAGUGCAAAGCUCCCGUCCUGCCACGGCGCCACCAUCCUGUCCGCAGCCAGGGGCCAUGCUGAGCUGGGGACCAAGGGUGGGCUCGCCCAGCAGCCUGGGUCCUUGUGCGUGGGAGCAGAAAUGCCAGCCUGCCCCCAGCCCUGUUGGCUUUGCCGGGGUGAGUGUCCCACACUGUUCCCCACAUCUGCGAUGACUGCCCCUGUCCGGAGGAUUUCCCAGCCUAUGUUGUGUGCUUGCUGAGAUACCCCGUCCCGGGGUGCCAGCAGGCUCACCCAGCCCUAGUGCCUGGUGCCAGGGAGCCAGAUGGCAGAUGUGCCCCAGACCGCCUCCAGGUACUGACCCCUCAGCGUUAUUCCUCCCAAGUGCCAUCUCUUUGCAGUGAAGCCCCAGCCUCAGAGAUGCGCUUGCAGUGCAGGCUUUGUGGGGAGCGGGGCUGGAUGCCUGGGGCCGCAUGGCUGCUGGCCAUUGGCUCUGGUGGGGAGUGGAGCUCCCCAGGAGAACCCUCUCCAGCUCCCGCUUGUUUCUUGGUCUUGCCCCAGCCACCACCCAAGCAGGAAGCCCACCACCCCUCUCCUUCCUUUCCUGGGGCAGUGAUGUCUUUGCGAGACUGGGAUGCAGGAAGCCAUGCGGUCCUCUGAUACUGCUCUAUGAUUGUUUCGCCAUGAAUUACAGGAGAGGUUAGGCAGCCUGUGGACCCUUGGGCUGGUGCAAGGAAGCAGCUGUGAGAUGGCACUUUUUGCUCGGAACUUUUACAUGCGUCCUCACUGCAAAAGUGCUUUUGAGAAAAAAAAGCUCCAAAGACCAGAUUCUGUCUGGAGGAAGCUAGGGAGUCAUGGAUGGGGUACCUCUGCUCGCAGCUUCUCCUGGGCGACACAGGGUGGCUGGGCUGAAGCAAUGUCUUCCACCACCCAAAGCCACGUUGUGGUCCUGCUGAAGGAAGGAGGUUGUGAGCAUGGCUGCCUUUGCCCUGGGAGUAGCCGCUGUGCCUCCUUGCCUGGCGGCGUGGCGGUUUUCGUGGUGGCGCUGGGGCUCUGCAGUGCUCAGCCACUGGGAAGGCCUCACUCAAGAGCGAAGGAGAUGCCAGAGACGCACAGAGCCUGUGGUCGGUGCUGAGGUAUAACACACCCUGUGUAUAAUGUGAUUAUGUUGUGCAUGGCUGAUGCCACCCCACAAACAGAAAUCUACAUGAGUAUGUAUAUGUGUAUGCUGCCUAGACCUACACUGCAUUGUAUAUGUUCAUGGAAAGAAGGGCUUGUAGCCACUUUUUGAGGAACCAGCAUCUUCCAACCCUGCCAAUCACAAAAGAACCUCACUGCUGGUCCAGUCCCUCUAUUUAUGUUGUCUAGGGUGUGUAUGUAGUUUGGGACAAAAUAUGCAGAUUGCACAAUAAAUAUUUUUUUUUUUUUUU